AUAAAAUCCACCUACUCUCCACCUAAUAUCUCUCCCCUCUCUCUCUCCUCUCCGACGCACCAGCGCGCACAAACACGCAGCGACGCAGAUGCCAACUCACUCACGCGCCGCCCCCCAGCACCGCCCCAGCCGCAACCGCAACCGCCGGCUCCAACCCCGCCCCCAUCCCCCCCGCCGCCGCCGCCGCCGCCGUCGCCGCCCUCCGCCUCCGCUGAUCGAAGGGAGCGACCGACGCUCGCCGCCGCCGCGGGUCGGUUGGGGGGCGCGCCAGCCAUGUCGGAGAAGGACGUCGUCUGGAAGACGUUCCGGGCGCUGGUGGAGAACGCGGACCGCAAGUUCGGGCGCGUGCGGGACCUGCCGCCGCACGAGCGGGGCCUCGGCCACUACUUCCCCAAGGUGUUCAAGUCCUACAUGCGCCUCUGGAAGUACCAGCAGGAGCACCGCGCCCGGCUGGUGGAGUCCGGCCUGAACCGCUGGGAGAUCGGGGAGGUCGCGAGCCGGAUCGGGCAGCUGUAUUUCAGCCAGUACAUGAGGACCAGCGAAUCGAGGUUCCUGGUGGAGGCCUACGUGUUCUACGAGGCGAUCCUGAGCCGGAGGUACUUCGAGGGGACCGGCGCGAGGGAUCUGGGGGUGAGGGCGAAGGAGCUGAGGUUCUACGCCAGGUUCCUGUUGGUUUCCUUGAUCCUGAACCGGACCGACAUGGUGAAGUCGCUCGUGGAGCGGUUCAAGGCCGUGCUCGACGAUUGCAGGGUCAAUUUUCGGGAAACUAGCUUCAAAGAAUGGAAGUUAGUGGUGCAGGAAAUUGUUCGCUUCAUGGAUGUAGAAAAUGCUUUCGUGAAAGUCCGGCCCUUACGUUAUUGUACCGUCUAUGAUACCCACCCAAAGUCUCUUCCUUAUGUAACUCGAUUCCAUGCAAAAAAGAUUUUAAAAUUUCAAGAUGCGGUGCUGACAAGCUACCACCGGAAUGAGGUCAAAUUUGCAGAGCUUACAUUGGAUACUUAUAGAAUGCUGCAGUGUCUGGAGUGGGAACCGAGUGGAUUAUUCUCCCAAAAACAACAGCCUGUCCAAUCAAAUGAGAAUGGUUCCGCUGUCGAUCAUUCUGGAGCGUCCGCGAUUAUUGACAUAAACUUAGGCAUAGAUUUGACCGAUUCUUCCUUGCCGCGCAAUCCAAGGAAGGCCAUUCUAUACCGUCCAUCAGUGACGCAAUUGAUUGCAGUUAUUGCUACAAUCUGUGAGGAGCUCCGGCCGGAUACUGUGAUGCUGAUAUAUCUUUCAGCUCCAGGUAGGACGGGCCAUCAUCAUAAUUCACAGGUGGAAAACUCCAAGCUUUCGGCGAAGCUUUCCAGAACAAAAUUCGUUUGUGAAUUUUCUCGUGAACAAAGUUCCUCCACAUCCGAAUCUUCUGUCGAUGAGAAGAAUAUGUCAAAUGACUUUUGUGAUGGUUGUCUGUGCUUAGCACCAAGAGGAACUGUGGGUUCGUUCAAUCUCUACCCUGCUGAUAUAAUUCCUUUCACCAGGAAACCCCUUUUUUUGAUCAUUGAUAGUGACAACAGCCAUACAUUCAAGGUCGUUCAUGGUGCAGAGAGAGGAGAGACUGCUGCCCUGUUUCUUUCACCUUUGAGGUCUGCAAACAAGAAUAUGUCUGGUGCUGAAGUAGGAGAGAGCGGCAGCCAAUUUACCUUUUUCUUAACGGCUCCUCUUUUAGCAUUUUGCCAGUUAGUAGGUCUCUCUUCAUCCAGUCACAAUGAGGAUGUUUAUAAGGAUGCGGAGAACAUACUUGCCUCUGCCUUCUCUGGAUGGGAAGUCACUCUUUGUACAUCAGCUGACCUGGAUCUAGUUUGGGCUCAAGUUCUAUCAGAUCCGUUUAUCCGCCGUCUAAUAUUGAGAUUCGUGUUCUGCAGGUCCGUGCUUUUCUUCUUUUGUCCGUCAGGAAACAAGGAACAGUAUCUGCCGGUUUGCCUGCCCUGUUUGCCCGAGUCACUCUCUCCAACAUCCGAGAUCGUGCGUUCUGCUGUGGUUCGGAUCGCAAAUCACUUCCAGGUAGCCGAAUGCUUUCACUUCGCCGAUGUAUAAACCAGCCACGCAGACAUGACCGUAAAAUACUGAGCACCACAGUGAGAUUCCCACACAAAUCCUGUCAGGUGAGCUGCCUUUGGGGAACGGUAGAGGUGCAUUGCUAGAGAAGAGGUUAUGAACCAAGCCAAGUUUGGUUUGUUCUUUGGAUCCAUUUGAGCAUUAUACUUUAGUGGUCUGUUGUAUUGCUUGGGCGGGUUUCAAUAGUGUUGUCCUUUACUAAUUCGUUUCACAUCACCAUGGAAAAGGCCAAAAAAAAGCAGGCGGAGGCAGAAUGAGAUUGAUUUGUGUACCUCGGUUUUAGGGCUUUUUAUGAUGAACAAAGGGAGAAGUUGUUCCAUAGUAGGGUGUAAAUUGGGUAUUCUUUGAUUGGAGAGUUAAUAGUCGCUGACCGAACUUACAGAAA